AAGGCAGUCCUUCCCUAGCCACCUAUCCCUCAGCCCACCUUUCUGCGAGACUCGACUUCUUCUCUUUGACCAGUCGCUGUCGAAAAAACCAGAAUCAUCGAUUCAUUAUUCAAAAGGUCCCAUUAUUUCCACACGGGCUUUGUACCUCGUCAUCCACUAUGUAUAUCCGCAAAGAUCACGCAGAGACAGACCUCCGUGUUCUACGGCGUCUCGUUCGGGAGAACCCCCUCGGUCUUCUCACCACGGUCAUCUCGUCCCCUUCGGGGUCUUACCCUCUUGCCCAAGCCAGUCACAUCCCGUGGGUGCUGGAUAUCGAAGAUGAGGAGAGCGAGACAGAGCUGGGAACUUUGAGAGGUCAUCUUGCCAGGCAAAACCCCCAGAGUAAGGCCAUUAUCGAAGAAACUACCGCCAAGAACACACAGGUCCUCGAGAAUGAUGUACUUGUCAUCUUUCAAUCCCCGGUUCAUCAUUAUAUUCCUCCCCUGUUCCUGGCCGAGACCAAGCCCACCACUGCCAAGGUCGUUCCUACAUGGAAUUAUGCCGCCGUUCAGAUCUAUGGUAAGGCCAAGGUCUAUGUUGAUUCAAAGUCAACCGAGACAUCCGAGUACCUCACUUCGCAAAUCAACGCUCUCACUCGCCACGCAGAGAUUAACCUUAUGGGAUUCAAUGGCAAGGGCAAUAGCCCCGAACCUUGGAAGGUAUCUGACGCGCCCGAGAGGUAUAUCGAGCUCAUGAAGAAGGCUAUUAUAGGUAUUGAUAUCAAGAUUGAGCGGUUUGAGGGGAAGUUCAAGAUGAGCCAGGAAGAGGCUCGGGGUGACAGCGAUGGAGUGAUUGCAGGGUUCCGAGGACUGGGCACUGAGACAGGACAGAGAGUCGCAGACCUUGUCGAAGAGCGCCGAGAAAUGAAGGAUAAGGCGAAGACAGAACAGCUAUCAAAGGGCACUUCCUAAGAAGUCGCUGGGAUACAAUCUGUAUAUUAGCUCGUACAAAAGAUAUUACCAUAUGAUAUUAGAUAGCUUAUUUAUGGAACCUAC